AUGCGAACGGAUUUCCAAAAGGUGUGCUUUUGUAGGAGCUCACCCACUUCAUCUUUGACUUCCACAGCUGCAGCGAACAAGUUCUGUACUAACUUUACUUCCAAUUCUGACUAUUUACCAGGUUGUGCAACAAUAUGUCCUCAGGCCAUUGAUCAGGAGAAGGCAGCCACUCUGGUCCUUUAAACCAUGACUCUAACAGGUUGUUUGGUAAACAUCCGCGGCUUCCAAGGUCUACAGGAUUCUCGUGUGUCCCAAUAUGUCUCCAUUGAAUAUAAUCCUUGGCAUUGAUUUUCCUCGUUCUGUUCGCCAGUUCGCGACAAAUUGUUUGUAGUUGCCGUUUCCCUUUAUCCAAUAAAGGACAGUAGUACUAUCUAACCAACUGGAUAACCCAGAGUGUUCUCGACAUUGUCGACAAGGGUUGAGGGCAUGUGUACCGAUACAAGCUCUGAUCGUGGGAUAGUCAAAUUAUUUUUCGCGAGUCUCGACUUAGCAGCUACUAAACCUUGAUUGACUCCCGAUUGCUGGUGCACAACUGCAUACACUGCUGCACGCGUACCUUCUGAACUGGUGUCACCAAACGCGUGAAGAUGGACUGCUUCAAUUGGUGGCUCCUCAAAGGCGGUGAUGCUGCGUGGUACUUCCACCUUUUCGGGCAGGGCAUUCUCUAAUUUUCUCCAACUGUUAGAUAUCUGGGGCGACAACUCUCCAUCCCAAGGACAACGUUGAUCACAUACAUCACGGUAGAUGAGUUUAGCAACAAGUGAUGUGGGAGAAACUAUGCCAAGGGGAUCGUAUAGAUAGAAGCCAGAAAUCGCAGCAUUUAUCUUUUGGUUGUGACUGGCAUGUUGUUUGGAAAGACUGUGGCGAUCGUGUCCUUCGCUUUAUUCCCGGGGACUGCCAGUUCCUUUAUCCAAGAGGGCUCUACAUUUUAUUCCAUCAACGACCGCUACAACAACUGGAUAUACCACCGUCCCGUUACCAGUAGCCAACAUAAUUUGUUUAGUUGCACUCGCCCGGUCAUCACAAAUAAUGGUAUGGUGUUUCGCAUUAUACCGAAAGCAAGUUGUUUUGGACAUUCGGAUGCUCGGUGUUCUUGCCAAUCACCAUCCGAUCGAACUAAGUCUGCCCGUCUACCUGGUAAUUUGUCCGGAGUGCUUCGUACAAAACCCUUUACUUCUUUCAGCUUCCACAUGGUUUCUAAUGCUUGUGUAUUUGCAACCAAUGUUUCAAACAAACGAUUGAUUUUCUUUGCAUCAGUCCCAGGUACGGUUGGCAAGGAAAUAAUGCUCUGUAUGUGGGCAUUUGCAACUUCACUUUCUCUCCCAUACCGCGUCUGUAGGAUAGUUUUUGCUCUUUCAUACCCUUCAGUAGAAAAGGGCAGACCAUCAACAAAUGCACGAACUUUGGGAAUAAGCAGCUCUUUAAGGUUUGUCAAUUUCUGCUUCGAAUUGCCCCUUCUAAUUUUUUUAAUUCUUUUUCAAAACACUAGGGGUCUCAUCACUUUCGACUUUAUUCAACCAAUCUUUCACGGUUGACAUCUUUAACGAUUGAUUUUUCUCUCGUUUCACUUUUAGGCAAACAAGAUUAUUUAAUGUACGAUAUUCGCUGCUUUUUGAUGUUAAAAUCUUGCUCGGGGUCGCCACUUUGUCGGGAAUUUUUGCUUGUUAUCCGACAAUAACUCACAAGGUUUAGAUAUAACAGUUUUUAAUCACUUUUACACGAAGAAUACAAAAGAAAUUUCACUAAAUAUCUCGCUUCAGUUGAUUGUAACGUAUGCACAACGUUGUUUUUACUAUACAGUCCUAAGUGUUAAUACUUCUAAAAUGUACGCACUUUCCAACAGGGGGAUUUCCCCCUGGUGUCUGCCACUGACUUUUAAGCCUGAACAUGUUACAAAGCCCCAUUUCCCUGUUACUGUAUAGUUGCAUGCAUACCGUACUAAAUACUGAAGACAACUCCUAAUGUUCACUGUGGUAAGUACUUUCUACUGUACAUUUUAUGUAGGUUGAAUAUGACAGUGAUCAGAUCAAACAAUUACUGGCUAUGAUUAAUGAUGGCAAUACACCAAAGAACCCAAAAGCUUAUGAUAAAGAUUCUACUGGACUGCAUCGAACUGUUUCUGCUUUUGGAAUUGUGGGUGAGCGGUAUAACAAUCUCAGUUUUCCCAAAUGUGAUACAUAAUUUUUUUUGGAAAUGCUGGAAAUUAAUAAAACAAGCCAAAUUACAGUAUAGGUGACUUUCCUUUGCAUGCACUACGAUUGGGUUUAGGGUCAUAAUAUUACGGAACUCACCGAACUGUGGAAUCGCAUCAAAAAUUCGUAUCGCAGCCACUCCCACAAACGUCUACGACCGACAUAUUUUUGCAUGUUUACAAUUCUAAUUUUAAACCGCCAAUCGACGUUUAAUUGUAAUUGUCACCAAGAACCGGAUUGGCUGUUUAAAAUUAGAAUUGCACGUACAGGCAAACAUAUGUAGCUAGAUGCGGUCGUAGACGUUUGUGGGAGUGGCGACGAUAUGAAUUUUUGAUGCGAUUCCACAGUUCGGUGAUUUCCGUAAUAAUGCUUAAUAGUAGGAUUAGGUUUAGGAUCAAUGUCAAGAUAAGGAUUACAUUUAGGAUUAUGUUAGCCUUGUUAGGAUUACAGUUACUGUAUACAGUAGGAUUAGGAUUUUUGUCAUGGGUCCCACAAAAUAUCUCUGUAGCUGAACUCUGGUGACCAUCCAUCUCCUCACCAAUGUGUUUUACAGUCUAGCUGUACAGUACAUGACUUACAUGACAGUGCACUAAAAAAGGGUCAAUGCCAGUAAAGUAUCAAUAAACUGAAAAACAGGCAAUGUUGGAAUGUAUGCCAAGAAACAGUUAUUACACUUGGUACUGGGAUAUACUGAACAACAUUUCAUGGAAUAUAUAUGGAAAAACGGUAAACAUUGCAACACGUAGAAAUACAGUCAACAUCCAAAAAGUUAACAAUGCAAUGUACGUACAGUAUGUAUAAAAAUUUAAAAAGCUCAACAUUGGAGUGUAUUGGAUUAAUCAUGAUGUGUUUGUAUAUUCUGUAGGAUUUAUUAGAUUUUUGGAAGGAUAUUACAUCAUUCUGAUAUCUAAAAGAAAAAAGUAAGUUCCAGUAUAUACUGUUUGACAAGUGCAUAAUGAUUAUAAUGGUUAAAGAAUUGAAUUCUAGUUUCAGUAGAUAUAUUUUUAGGUAGCAACGAAAGCUUGUUGUUUUUAUGUUAUCAAUGUUACACAUGAACCUCAGGAAUAUACUAAAUUCUCAUACUGCAAAACCAAAGAGUGACGAAAAAUCUAUUGUCUUGAGCGGGAUUUGAACUUGCACCUUCAGAGUUCAGAGCCUUUGGGCCAACGGAGAUUGGAAGCAACUAAGUUUUAUCUAAUUUAGAUGGCCGAAAGAUGUGAAUUUAUUUGGGUGAAUAUAUGUGAGUUCAAAUCCCUCUCAAGACAACAAACAUUUUAUUAUCAUAGAAUUGAAACACACAGUUUGUAUUCAAUGAUCUUAUUUUCAAGGGUAGCUCAGCUUGGUGGACAUACUAUUUAUAAGGUCAUGGAUACAUGUAUGGUUCCAAUCCCAAAUGAAACUGUAAGAACAAAAUAUCACCAUGAUGGGGAAUCCAAGUUAGUUUUUAAAAUUGUUUUGAAUUUAUUGUCUGAUGUCAACAUAUAACUACCAUUUGUUAAAUUAUAUUUUUCUUUGAACUGUAGGUACCUCAAAGCUUUUCAAAAUGUUGACCUGUCUAGUAAUUUCUAUUUUAGGUAAACUAUUAUCGUUUUAUAGACACUUCUAACUUACUGAUUUGUUUUAUUUCACUGCAUUUUCUUUUCUUUUACAAGACUAAUUGCCAAACACAAACAUAAAUACCACUAAACUAUUACAUAUAAAAUGUUACAUAAUUUAGAUACAGUACAGGCAGGGACUGACCACAGACUGAGAUAAUCCCCAAUAAUGGGGUCCCCUUUUUUAUAUUAUACUGUAUAUACUCUAUUUUUUACUGAAGACUAUGAAUUUAGUGAUCUUUAUGUUGCAAUUAAAUUUUAUUAUUAAAACGGUUACUCAAACGACUAAGUACUAACUGCGGUGUAUUCUGCCUUCAUGUAGCUACACAUAUGAUCUGACACAAAGUCUACAAUACAACAUGUCUCUUCUUGAACGUUCUUAUUCUAAAUGUCCAUCCUGUGAAUGUCAGUGUCAUCUCAAAACAGAGACGUUAAAUGAAAACGAAAAGGAUAAUCAUACUUCACCUAGUUCACAGCCCUCAGAAAUAAAUACUAAGUUUAAUAAAGAAUGCAAAGAUAGGACUAACCUUGAUAGUGGAAAAGUAACAUUAAAUACCAAAGAAAAGGAUAGCGAUAGUUCAUCCACUUCACAGCCUUCUCAAAUAAAUACAAAAUCAAGUAAGGCAUGCAAUACUAUCAAAGAUAGUCCUAAAAGUACACAACUCAAAGCUGAUUCGACUGACGUUGAGGAUGGUAGAGGGAAGUUUCAGCUGAAAGGAAAAUCUUUGUGCAAAGAGUGCGCAAGAAAACGUGUCCAGCAUCAUCAUACCGUCUUGGGACGAGGAAAAGCUUGCAUGAAAUUUGUCUGGAACAAACACAUGUUGAAAGAUUUGGAUACAAUCGUACAUUCUGAUUGGUUGUUGUACAUAACUCAUGGUUUUAUUGGACAAUGCAAUAUCCUUUUAGUAACAGUCAUGUAAUUUUACAAUCUGCACACUGGCGUCGAUGUGUGUGGAAACAUGAAACAGUCGAAAUUAUUUCGAGAAACGUGUUCUCAUCACUAAUAUCCUGACUUUGCUCGAAAUGUUGGAGUUUUAGAAUCUUUCCCAGACAUUUCCAAUAACAUUGAUGACGUCUAUGUAUAAUGUACUGUACUCCAACUCAUACAGUACGUUCGAGGUAUUGUACAUUCUCCCAAUAAAAAUGAAAAUAAUUCACAAAAAAUCGGAUCCGAUCAUGUAGUCACUAAAUCAUCUAGGAACAAUUUAUUAAUAACUCUCAAACAUCUACUAUGGCAUGCGGCAUGCCAAUUUUCGAAACAAUGCAUGUACGUCAUGUUUUGUUCGCUACUCUGGUUUAAAUAAAUGACUGGGCUUUGUAAUAAUUUAUUUAAACCAGAGUAGCGAGCGAAACAUGAUUGAUAUACCUGGUUGCAAGUGAACGAACAAACUUUAAAUGCAUGUACAGUAAGCAUCUAAUGCGUACCGUUGUUGAUAGUGAACAAUGGGUGAUGUUAGAGUAUGCAUAAACCCUCACACGACAGGCUUUAAGUGUUUUAAAAAGAGGGCUUGCUAUAUUUGUAUGCUCAUGCAUGCCAUGCUUGAUAACACAACGAAUGGGAUGUCCUGACCUCCACCCCACACCCUAUUCACCAAGGCAUCCAUAUCUUUUUAGACUGUGGGGAAAUUAGCGCCCUCCUUUGACGCAGGCUAGUGUUCUUGUUGUGAAAUAGCCUUGAAAUAAAAUGGCUUAGCUCUAGUCUGGAGGAAACGUUUUGUAUAAUAUUGUACAGACUAGCAAAAAUGUUUUCUCUAUUUGAAUAUUUCAUGUGAUCACUAUACUUAGAAGUUUCGAUUGUUUCUUUAACAACAUUUCUAGAUAUUAGCGUCUAUGGUCGUCCAUUAUAUUUGACGUUGAUAGCGAGAAGGUCAAAUGAAUAUGCUGGGACAAGAUUCUUAAAAAGAGGCUCAAAUGAUUCGGUAUACAAUGAAAUUGAUCAUCCUCUUCAAUAUUCUCUUAUCAAAGAAUUCAUUCUAUGCCUCACCGUCACCAGCAGUUUGAAGUGAGGUUAAGGAACACUCGUAUUCGCGGGACUUCAUAUAACUUGCCUCUACUUUAAAAUGGGCAGAGACUUUUGUAUUACUGUAUUUAGCUGUGGAAAAACUACACAGUACUAAACUUUGAUGCAGGAACAUGCUUCAAAGAUUUUCAUGUUUUCUCGCAUGCUUCCCCGUUGUUCAAUUGUGGAAACUUGUUUCCUUCCAAGGUUUCCUCAACAAAUAUAUAAACAGAUUUUGUUUGCCGAGCUGCUCACCUUGGGCAAAAAUAGCUAAGAAAAAAGUUCCCACAUCACUGUGUUUUGUCCAUCUUUGUCCAGUUAUGUUUAAUGACUUGAUAUUGGUAUGUUUUAAUCACACUAUCAAUUAUUUUUUCAUUUUCUUGUUCAUGCAGGGUUUUGUAGCCAAUGAUGUUGAAACAGAACAAAUUGUUCAUGAUGCUUCAACUUUGUCUUUCAAAAAUGGUGGAUACACUUCUUUCGUACAGCUGCGUGGUUCAGUUCCUCUGUUUUGGUCGCAGGUAAGAAAUAUAUUGUUUGGAUGGAAACGCGUGCAUGGUGGUAAUCACGAUUUCUGACAAGCUUAAUGUGCCUUUAUCUUGCUGAAUUAGAUGGAUUCAAAAUGAAAAAUAAUGUACAAUUUUCUCAUUGAUGAGCUAAAGCAAAAUACAUUUUGAUAUGCCGCUUCCUUUUGAUUACACUGCAUGGACUUAAGAAUAGGGGAAAGGUUUAUAAUAAGUAUAAUAUUAAUUUAUUUUCCAUUUAUUUCAUUGUAGGAAUUACAACAUGGUGUAGUCCCAAAACCCCAAAUACAAGGUAUCUUUUCAUACGAAAUUUUAAUUGCCUCCAUGCAAUACUGAGAAAAACAGUUCUAAAAACUGUGUCUCACUCGCGUGUAAUCUGCGUUCGCUCUGUGCACCUGAGUUCAUCGUUGCUGCGUUCAAGUGCGUCCAUGCCACGGGAAAUGUGCGUCUUGAAUGGUUUUGUAUGAGAUGCGUCGGUUCUGCGUUACAGCUGUAUAUAUAUCGUAGUUUAUAGAGAAUGUUUAAAGACGUAAAUUACGGGAGAAUUUACUGUGGCACAGGUUAGUUCUGCUAUAGUACUGAGCGCCUAGCUGUUCUGUGUCUUUGGCUAGGCGAACGCAGUCAUGCAGCGAGUGACCACAAAUCGCUGUCAGUAAACACGGUCAAGUGGACAAACGAGGAUGCGAGAUGUGCGAGGAAAGCGGACACAAGUAGGAAAGAUGCAAAGUUCUCGCAGAACGCAUUUGAAUAUAUUUACUAUAUGCUCCUUACUGUGUUCUCAAAAUGUUUAAAUAAUUCUAGUUGAUAGAUCAGAUCCGUUUGCUUCCGCUGCAUCUCAACAUUUCAACAGUGUGUUGCAAAGAUUUGGAUCACCAAUUAUUGUCUUUAAUCUUGUCAAGGUAUGUUUAUGAAGUGUUAUGUGCCAUUGCAUCGGAAAUUGCAAGAGGAUAUAGGAAGAUAGCUGAUAUUUCAACAUAAUCAGAACCUGUGUUUACCAUACUGUUAGAAACAGUUCUCCUGUGUUAGCACAUGAUAACAGCAAACAUAGUUGAAUAUCAUGACAGGAAAUUAUAUUAUGAAGUUAAUAUACGUGUACACUGCUUAAUCAAACUUGACGCAACAUUGAACCGAGCUACAGACUACAGUAGGUGGCCAUGUAUGCGAACAAUAUCCAACAGCUUUUAGUAAUUUACCAUGCAUGACACAAACUUAGCAUUGAAUUGGGGGCAGCGGAGGGUUUAAGCGUACAACAUAUUGCAAGAGGGAACUUAAGCCGGUUUUCCACUUCGCCCGUAUCGUACCGAAACGUACUGGUGAGCAUGCGCAGAUUGAAAAGAGGUGUAUUAAUCCACGUACUUCCGGGUGUAUUCGCGUAUCAAAAUAAAAGGUUCGUCGCAAGUCAACUUUUUGGCGUACUACGGAAGUACUAAUCAAUCAACAUUUACGAAAUUUUGAAAUUUAAAAACGUUUUUGAUACGUUACGGUACGAUACGCUUGAAGUGGAAAACUGGAUUUACAGUAAUACUCGUAUCAAAGAGAUUUUUUAAGACGAAAAACCUCAACCAGUUAUGCCAGCUCUGUAUAGCAAUGACAAAGUUGUAGCAAUUACUUAAUAUGUUUUAGACUGAUGUACUCAUGAUUCGUCUCUUCUGACUAACAAAUAUCUCAUGAUAGAGAAAAGAGAGAAAAAGACACGAACAAAUUUUGGGUGAAGAGUUCGAGAGAAUUGUGGAUUAUCUAAAUCAAUUUCUACCACCUCAACACAAGAUCAAAUAUAUCUGGUUCGACAUUGCAAGAUAUUCAAAGAAGUACGUUCAGUAAUGUUUUCGAAUUUACUCUACCUGUACAUUACAACUCAAGUUCUAAACCUGGCGAAAAAUUGACAAACCAAAUGAUCAAAUCAUAGUUAAAAAUUAAGAAAGGAGGGAAAAACAUUACUUAAAUUUUGGCCAUGCAAACUGCAAACAUAUUAACCCUUUAAGUGGCAAUGCGCCCUAUACUUUAUUAUUUUACUCUAGACGCUAGACGAUUUUAUCCCAUGCAUCCUGUUAACCCUUUAAGUGGCAAUGCGCUCUGCUUUAUUAUUUUACUAUAUAUCUAGCGCCAGACGAUUUUACUCGUCAAAGGGAGAGUGCUGCCACUCAAUGGGUUAAAGAAGAAAAGAUUAUUAUCUCACGUUGAAACAUCUGUCGAGGUUUUAAUGAUUAUAGUUUUUCAGAAUAUGGCAAUCUAUUGAUUCCUUUCAUUUAGCAAGGACGUGAAGGUAGUGGAGAAAUUACAGCAGUAUGCUGAACAGGUGAGUUUGUUAAAUACAAAGUUAGAUGUAACUUUGUCACUAGUUACAAUGUAAUAGAGUAAGCACGCGGGAAGUGGUUGCAUUUCAAAUCUUGCCAUAAACUAAAUGAACAGGAAUUGUCACGCCAGCAGCAAUUUUCAUAUGCCAGUGUGACAAUCGUAUACGACAAAUCGCAGCGUGUAUAAACGCAGAGUACCUUUACAGUCAAACGUAUACCUUUACAUACAUUUACUUGUAACGACGUUACUCGCAAGACUGCCAAAACGUAUAUAUUAGUCAAUACAAACUAGAUUUAAAAUUAUACUUUUUCACUCUCAAAGCGCACCCAUGUACAGUAGCUUACAAGUCAGAAGUACAGUAUAUAUUAUUGUAUUAAUUUCAUUCAUAGAAAGGUACUUUUUUAUCUUCUAGUUUGUUGAAUCUGUGGGAUUUUUCCAUAGUGGUCAGGAUCUUUAUGCAAAUGAAAUUCGACCUGAUGAAAGGUAAUAUUUAAAAAGCCUUACUGUCAAGCUAUCGUCCUCCGCAGGUAUCUCUAGGGAAUCAGGUGGUCGGAUAGAAUUCUUUUUCUGAACUACCCAUUCGCAGGCUAAAACCCAUAGAGCUACCUGCAGAGGAGAUUGGGGUUCCCACAUGAAUAUGCUUUUGUAGUUUUGAUACUUGCGAAAUGAUGUAAUUUUAUUUAUUAGAUCUAUACACGUAGCUACAUGAAUUUUCACGACCUCUACUUUUCUCCUGUGUAGAUGGUUGAAAGUUGGUGGUUAUCGAAAUGAACAUAUGUUUGGUAGAGAACAGGUAAAUUAGUAUAGGUAAUACCGUAAUAACAUGGUUUCGAGUCCAAUUUGGACGAGCGAGUUUUAUAUUUUUUAAAAAAUAAAAUGAUAAGAGAUGGUAGAUCACUAGCAAUCUAUGUGGCAUUAAAGGUUGUUCUAGAUGGAAUCCCUUUGGUAGGGUUCCCAUAGCGUGUUGGGUUUUGUAACGUUGAGUUGUUUGUAGUGAUGUGUCAGUCUGUAGUGAGGGAGCGACUUCUGCAAAGCAGCACACUUCUGCCUCGUUCUUAAACGAAGAAGUCGCUCCCUCACUACAGACUGACACAUCACUACAAACAACUCAACGUUACAAAACCCAACACGCUAUGGGAACCCUACCAAAGGGAUUCCAUCUAGAACAACCUUUAAUGCCACAUAGAUUGCUAGUGAUCUACCAUCUCUUAUCAUUUUAUUUUUUAAAAAAUUUGGACGAGCGAGUUUUAUAUUUGCAUGGGGUCUUUGAAAAACCCACGUGUGCUUGUUUUAUCCAAAUUCCACUCCAUAACAUGCUAUUACUUAUUAAUAAUAUACUCAGGGGUGUAUAUUCUUCAAUGAACUUUGAUUCUUCCCCCCCCCCCUUCUUUUCAGAUUUGCUUCUUUUCCCCAUAUCUUUACUACAUCAGCCUCAAAGGCCUGUACCUAAUAGUAAUACUGUGACAUAGUAUAUUUGUCCCCUCCCCAAGAUAGAAUAAAAUACCUAAAUUAUAAAUUACCUAGUUAUAAGUUAUUAUUUACUAAAUUUGCAAUCCUCAGUAAAGCUUUUCAUAUUUAUUUAAGUUACUUUCCAUUAACAUGAACAAUCAACAUUAAUACAGUAAUUAAUUCAGCUAAAGAAACUCAGUGGCAAAAUCAUUUUGGAAAGUGGAAACACUGAUUUUCACGAAUUACCCAUGGAAAUUUUUCUCUUCUUUUCCCUCUGCCUUUCCAUUUUUUCUACUCUUCUUUGAUUUUCUUCCCUAGCCCUAAGACCCUUUGAUUCUUUUCCCCCGCCCCAGGGGGGGGGGGAUUAUGGAAGAAUAUACACCCCUGAAUAUACUUGAAUGUGAAAUGCGACUCGUACGCUUCGAACUAACUUGACGUUGAAAACGUUUAUUGUUUGAAACUGACUCACCUAAAAGUAAAAAUUUCCCCCUUGUCAAGUCCGCCAAGAGGAAUUUUUUCUUCACUCAAACCAUUUAUCAAACUUGUCCCCGGGGUCUUCAUAAUGAAAAUGUGUCAUAUUUGCCAUGAAAUUUGCACUGCAUUUCCUUUUUUUCUGCACUGUAUUAAUGUAUUCCCUCCAAAUACAACCUUCUGGAAAGUGCUCAGUCUUGGCUAUACAUAGAAACUCGUUUUCGUGAUUGAGACAUUGGGUUUAGGACCCUUUAUCUCGCUACAAGUGGCACGUUUACGAAACCGUGCAGUUAAAUAUAAAAGGCCUGUUUGUAAUAAUGUCAUCAGUAACAAGGUAAACAAGAUAGGAAAAAAGAAUUUUCUUCCUGGGGGCACAACCUGGAGACAAAAAUUUCCUGCAACCAACGGAGUAUUUUGUGCUAAAUCUGCAUGUGCAUAUUAAACAUAUAGUGUUCUAGCUGACCAUGGUUUUAAAUUCAAGGAAUAAUGUCUGUCAACCGUAGUGGGACAUGGGUGUUAAGGUUUCCUUCAAAUUUUCAAUGGUAAAUCUUCAUUCAAACGAAUCUCCUGCAGCUGCUUGACAUUUCCUGCGAGCAGUGCUCACGUGCUCGCCUAUUUUUUCCACCCCUGAAGGUAAAGGACUCUAAAGUCAAUGUCUCAAUCACGGAAACAAGACUGUAGCCUGUAUAGCCACAGCAAAGUACUUUAUAUUUGUAUUGCAAUGCUCUCAGCCAAUCAGAAUUGAGAGAUUUUUCCUUUUAUAUUUUUAACAUAGAAAGUAAAACUCCAAUCUUGAGACUAUAAUAGUUGAGGUAUAUAGUUGCUUUCUCUUUCUCCUUUAGUUACACAUGUAUCUUUUUUAUGUAUCCAGACUGGUAUUCUUCGUGUGAACUGUGUUGAUUGUUUAGAUCGAACCAAUAUUGCUCAGUUUGUGGUUGGAAAACAUGUUCUUGGAUUACAGGUUUGUUGCAGGCUAUGAUUAAACAUACAUUUUGAAAUUGCUGCUAUAUUGCCAACCAUUUUAAACAUCACUGUUUCACGUGAUAUAUUCGUUUCACUCGCGACUUAGAAAAGAAAUCCUUACACGUGAAUUUAUUUAACAUGCAGUUACCUAAAAUAUCAGUUAUUGUAAGUUGUAUCGCAAAACUGUUUUUUUUUGGAAAUGCUGUAAAUGUAACCGAACAGAUAUGGUAGAAUACGAAAUAAUUGUACAAGUAAGGAUGAUAUAAUCAACUUCACUAUCUUUCACCAAGAUUUUAUCAUUUCAGUAAUUUUGACUUUCAUCGAUUCCAUCCAAUAUCACAUCAAACCUCUAUGAAAAUUCUUAUGAAAGUGUCCCUAAAAAAGAUGCUACAUAUGACAUAUAACAGUGCUGCACAUAUAGGUCUAUUGGCAUUUGAGUCCACGCGGGUGAUGUUGUAUUAUAUCAUUUUUACAAUUUCAAUAAUUUCUUCAAUUUCUUCUAGCUUUACGCAUUAGGUGUUAUUGAUAAACCUGUUGUGAACUUUGAAUGCGACGCUGUCAGGUACUGUAUGACCUCAAUUAUCUGACCUAUUCUACCUAUACUAUAUAUGUAUUUGUACUUUUACAUAUUAGAACAUAUCUUAAGGCCUGUUUACACUUGCAAUUUUUGCUGCGAUUUUAGGUGCGAUUUUCUUCUUCUGAUGGACGUAAACGAGUGGAAGAAUUAUGAAUUUUGAGAUGAGGGUACAUAUACUCGAAAAUCGCACCUAAAAUCGCAGCAAAAAUUGCAAGUGAAUUUGUAAACAGGCCUUUACGUUUCUUGUGAUUUGUUCGAAGAGUGCGACAUCUUCCUUAAAGAAUAUUUUACAUCGAUUCUCACCGUGGCCAGUCAUAUUUUUCAAGCUUGCCCGGUGUGGAUAUACACCCAGAGUAACAUCACAAACAUCAUAUUCACCUGAGUACAUAACACCAACACAGAAAAAAAUCACUUAUAAGUAGAGUUUGCUUGGUUUUCGUCUGCAUUUCGUGUUUUUUUCGUCGUCUCCGAUAUUCUUUUUCACCUAAACCUAACCCUAUAGCGUAGGCUUAAUUAUCGAGCAGGAUAAUUUGGACAACUGUACCCUGUGUAAUCGACAUUAAAUAACUCAUUGUCUUUAUCAUCGUCAAUAUCGUUAUCACUAUCAUGUAAAAUGACGUAGGUGUUCCUAUUGUUUACCAGAUUGUUGGAAGAUCUCUAUGAAGAUCAUGGUGAUACACUAGCUGCACAAUAUGGAGGAUCUCAUCUUGUACAUAGGUAAAUUUAUCCAAGUUUCCUCCCAAUUAUAUAUGGCCUUACUCCAAUGACCAUGUACACUAAUAAGUACUAGAUAAAAAAUGAGCAGCCGAUCUGUAUCUGAUAGUAUCAGAUACAGAUCGGAUGCGAAUGUUUUAUCGUACUUCAAAAAUGACCCAUCUUAUAAGCGCAUUGGCGAAGUAAUUUUAAAAAUAAACAUUGUCUAAGCCGAGAAAAUCAAAGCUGAAGUUUAUGUAAAUCAGGACAAAUCUUUAUCCGAUUUACAAACAUUGAUUAAACAUUCAUUUCUUUUGUAUUUUCCUCGUGAAUUAUUAAUGAAUUUUUUAAAUAUAAUUUUAAAUUUUUAUUCGAUCCUUUACCUCAACACUUCAGUGCCUACGUUUAGUGCCCAUUGGUGUAUGUACAAUAUAUUUUUAUGAAAGAUGUUUGUAUACUCACGUGGAAAUAUCCAGCGUUUAAAAACUUACUUGUCUAACGAGACUGUAUCACUGACUGCAUGAUUUAAUAAUUUCUAAGGCCAUAAUAUGACCUAAUGUCUUUCACUUUGUUUGAGCUCAUUUGCUUUAGAUUCGUUACAUGCAAGGUUCGACGUUUGAAACUCGCCUAACUAAUAUUUCUACCUUCUAGAAUUAAUACAUAUCUUAAAUCUGCUCCCUGGACGUCACAUUCUCGUGAUAUUUACCAGACAGUACGAAGAUACUAUAGUGGAGCAUUUACUGGUAACGAUUUGUGAUUUUUAUUCAAGCCUAUGGAUCGUAUUUCUGCUUGUCUUUACGGCGGUUUGAAUAUGCAGCCUUCAGCAAAUUUUGAAAUAUCGUUUAAAACUACAUUGUACAUGCAGUUCCGUGCAGACAAUCCUUAUUAAUUAAUUAAAAUUAGACAUCACUUUUUAAUCCUAAUCAAGUUUUUAACGCCAAAUCGUGUUGAAAGUACUGUACGUAAUGCUGAUGUUGAAGACUGGUAGGAACCAUUAAGGCGGCCAGUUGUAGUUUCAUGUAUCCAUUUUCGUAACGUCAUAGCGACGUCAGAACUAUCUACAGUAGUAUAUAUAAUAUAUAUACAGUAACUUAGUUUUUACUGUACAGGAUGGAUUGCUAAAAGGGGGAUAAAUCACUUCAGUCUUUAUUGUAUAGUUGUAUAUUAAAUGCAAACUUUUUGUUUCUUAAUAUUAUCCAGUCGUAAGAAGAGUUUUUAUAUUUAGAUUCUGAGAAACAGCAAGCUAUUAACUUAUUUCUUGGAAAGUUUAUCCCAGGCGAAAAUUGUCUUCCAUUGUGGGAUCAUCCAACUGAUUAUUAUAUGCAUCAUGUAUCAAAUCAAGAUGGCGGCAACUCUGGUCUGCCUGCAGGGAAAAGGUACAGUUUAACUUACAUCAUGUUUUGUUGUCCAUGCAAGGGUGAAGGAAGCUUGCGAAAGUUAGGGGGCUCGACUCCCACGAGGCGCCACCAUGGUAGACGCCGAGCGGGAAAAAUUUUGAAAAUUUUGAAUCGCCAGAUCGCCGGAAAUGUCAUUUUCAUGCAGGGUCUUAUUUAGCACUUUCGUUAAGCUCUUUCAAAUUCUGUCAUUAUGAUUUGUAAGCUAUAAAUAUGUUUACUUUAUGGUUUGCAACUGCGUUAGAUGAUAACUAUUUGAGCAAGUAUCGCUGCCUAACAAGCAGCAUAGACCAAAAACAUCCAAUGACAAAAGACAAGCAAAAAUGUUGUUAUUAAAAUAACAAUAAACAAUUGCAGAUACAUGUACGUUAUUAAUAUUAUGUAUACGUUUCAAAUACUUCCAGUUUCGAGAAUUUCGCAGUAAUUGUUUAUUAUUUUUUAAAAUCCAAUAAUUUAUUCGGGGGACCGAAAUCUAUCCCGCCCCCCCCUUAUAAAAUAUUGGGGGUGGGCGGCCCCCCUGCUUUCUACGCCCCUGUUGUCAACCUUUCUUAUAUACGCUCCUAGUACCUCCUACCUCGCUGGUUUUUCUGUGUGCAUUUCGUGCUCUACAUGGUGACAAUUUGAGCAUGCAUGUCCACUGCAUUGUAGUUUACUUAUAACAUUAAAAACUGGAGAUAUCAAUGGACUUGACUAUACUAAUUUCAUGAUCAUAAGGGCCAGGAGAUGACAUUUUGAACCUAAGCGAGAGAGAGCGCGAAAAAGAGAGCCGAAGGUACAUUUGUUAUUCCAUAAUCAUUUUCAGGCUGAUAAUUUCAGCGAAUAUGAAUCAGAUUUGAUUCGAAAUAUACAGUUUUUAUAAAUUGUGUGUUGUUAUUAUGCACUUCUUAUUCGCGGAAUAACUUUUAUUCUAGCUACAUUUGUUACGAAUGGGACUUUUGAGUUGGCGAUUAUUUGAUACCCGAGAGGAUCCAUGGUGCUUAGAAAUGCUUUUAGACCGUGAAAUGGCUUGCGGGCGUUUGGCACACUAAGCAGUUGUGUCCUAUACGUCUGUCUAAUUAUAGUCCUUCGUGGGAUUUUGGGCUUCACUGACUUUAAUAUGAUCCACACAAAUAGUUGCAAUUUACAAUGUGUAACUGAAUUUUUCUUCUACGUGAAAAGAACAUUUUCUGAUUCCUAUAAGUAAUUUCCAACGAAACCAAUGGUUGCAUGCUAUUGUUAAUUUUCAUUUAGUUACACGAAAUGGUUUGAUGAUGAAGUUGUUGCUACGCUGCCGUUGUCUUGCCAAGAAGGUAAGAGUGCUUUGCAUUCCCUCGUGUAAAUACCAUAAUUACACUUUGCACCGUUUGUGUCAUAAGAAAAUGCAACUAUUAUAGGCACGGGUUUGUUGUGCUGAACUACGUUGAUUUUAAAAAGUGUUGCCAUGUUGGUGUUUCGUGCUGUUGUUACCGACUAUUUUCAAUUCAGAUAUCAUUUUUCAUAACACGUCUUCCAAUAAGAGUUACACGACGUAAAGAAUUGAUCUGCCCUCCGUGUGCAUGUACGUUUCUCAGCAAAGAACUGGCGGGCAUUUGAAAAUCCAGUUCACAUUGGCAGUGGCGUAGCCAUGCAGCCCGACAAUUUAGUCCCGCUAUGCAAAUUCAAAAUUAUUAUCAUUAUUCAUUUCUUUCGAAAUCGAUCGUUUUCACAGUCAAUGAACACGAAAAUAUUUGUGCUACUGCACAUUGGUGCUCAAGCCCAUCUACAGUACAUUUCAAGACUCUCGAUAUGAUAUACGGUAUAUCAUAUACCCUUUCCCGGUUUUAUAUUCACGAGCGUCAGGCAACCUACAGGGUUUCGGCUGUCCUGCGUGGGAAAACUAGGAAUCAUCGUUUUAGGAACAUUUGAAAGUUCCUAUGUUUCCUGAAAAGCUUCCCAUUGUGACCCUUAGAAACAUUGUUGCGAGAAAAAUCAGAAAGAUGUUUUGUUAUCUAAAUGUAUCUUUGUUAGGAAGAAAUGUAUCGUUUUUGUUCAACUUCGGGAAACGUGGUUUGGAAUCAAUCUUUUCACACCAAUGUUUCCAUGUUUAUGUAGGGCUAAAGCUAAAUAAAUGUUAAAUAUCGCUCUGUACUGUCUAGUCUCAAGCCGUAAUUCCACCAGUCUUGCUGAAGAAAGAGAUAAAUUGGACAAAGAAGAUUCAAAUGAUUUGUUUCGUGAUUAUUAUCAACCUGAUGAAUUGUCUGAACUUGAGCUCUUGUUUUCAUUUAAUUUACCUUCUUCAUACAGGUAAGAAAUUAUGUUAAAUGUAUUGAUCAAUCAUGUAUAAUUUGGUCAAGCAAAUGUUACUACUAAUCAAGCUAUCUGCAAAUUAAUUCACACAUGCAGUCCAGCCAGAUACAGUAUGAAUGUGGUCUAUGUAGGCAUAACGUUCAAAAUCCCGUCCUCAUGCAAUAUCAAAUUAAUAUAUAGUGAUAGAAAUUUGAUUCCUAUUUUAAUACACGUCAAACUAAUUUUUUCAAGAUUUUCCAAACGUAUUUUCUGUAUCUUCUCUCCGAUAUGCACAGAUCUUGGAAAAAUGUUUCUGGGAUUCUGAAUAUCACAAUGCGUAUACUGUAUACAGCUAUUUCAAUUAAGGUCCCGAGCAAAGCGGAAAAGUCGAAUACGAGCGCGAAAGGCUUGCUGGGAAUCGCUAAAAAAUUCAUUAAAUUUUUAAGCGAUUCGCAGCAGCCUUUCGUGCUCGUAUUCGACUUUUCCGCUUUGCUCGGGGACAAUCUUAAUUGAAAUAGCUGUAUAUUUUUGGGGAUGGAAACUUCAACUAUAAGGUCCUGCGGCAGAUAUUGAGCCUGCGGCCCUGUAAUUCUGAUGCAUCCCACCAAGCUCUGCCUGUGAAGUAGACUGGAUAGCGCUUAGCUUAGUGUUUCGGAUGCAGAGUUUAAGGGAGGCGCUCAUUAAAAAAAUUUUUUUAUCUGCCUUCACGCCAGAACUACGCAUUCCCAAAAUUCUGGAGACAGUAUUGAAAUAUACUCAACUUGAACUUCAAAACUACUGUAAUAAAAAGAAGACAAUAAAUAAUAGAAAUUCACCAUUAGUAAAGGACCAAGUAUAUAUGGGGAAAUGUCUCUUGCUUUUUAUAAGACGCCUUGUUCAACUAUAAAAAUACCAGAUUAGUUUGUCCCUAUAAAGUACUAGCCGAUUUCCAGCUUCAUUUUUUUCACAAUGGAUACUCAAUCUAGUUUCAUUUCCAGUCCAGUGGGUCUGCCAAUGCCAGUGUAAUUAUAUUUUAGUUUACUUUCUAUUUUGCUGAGGUUGUUUAUGCCUGCAACUGAAAUUGAACCCAGUCCUUUCGUGGUGCGCGCAACUGGAGGAGGCACUGCCAAUCAGCGUCGUCCGUCAACGAAACCUUCAUCACUACAACGAGCAACAAGUCCGACUAAUGAAUACCUGAGUUCAGAUUCGGAUUCCAGUUCUACGUCAGAUUCAGAUAUCUUACCGAGUGGCAAGAAAGACUCUUAUACUAACAAAGGUGGAGUUCGCUUUGAGGUGAGUUAUUUUUAACGUCAGUAGCUAUGCGGCAACGCCAUUUCACCCCAGCUUUUAGUGCAAGUGCCCUGUAGAGGAUGAGGGGAAAAUUCACAUUAGUGACUCAGGGUUAAAUAGAUAGGUGGAAAAAGUUUUUCUGCAGGUUUCAUGAUCAUACAUGGAUUUUAUUUCAUUAAGUGUUCUUUGCAUGGAAUUAUGGUUCGGCGAUUUUCCCCCUGAUGCUCGAUUUUCCCCCUGAUGCUUCAUGAUAAAUAUGCGUUUUUCCUCUAGUAAAUAUAUAUAUAGGGAGCAAGGAAGGACGAGGUGUGUAGAAAAUACAAGGUUUGACAACUAAUCGUGUAUUUGGCCUUGAAUAAUGCGAUAAAAGAAACUCCACAACCUGAACAACGCCCGUUACUCUUUGCGUCCAACUCAUAAACACUAUAUUAUGUAAGCACUGUAUAUGUUUGUAAAUAUAAUUAGAACUUCGAAAUACCUUCGCUAAAUGAACGAGUCAGAAUAGCAUAUAGAAGGAUGCGGAAUCGCAACUGCUUUGAACGUAGAGAAUCGAUUGAUUUUUAUUAUCUACAGCUAAAUAUUCAUACAAACUGUCAAACUAUUUGAAAUCCUGAUGAACCGGAACAAAAUAAGGGAAGCUGAAGCGCGCUAGAGGGAUAUAGCACCUCUCCAAAUUCUAGUUCUGUUUACUGCAUAUACGUUGAAACCAUGCACGCAUAAGUUACAGUGUUAAUUGCAAUGAGAAGAAAUGUGAAAUUUUGUUCCAUAUCCAUAUCCAUAGCUUCCUCUUCUACAUUCAACAGGAUGUCUUCUCGAAUAUGAAAGAUUACUACGGGGUUAAAAUUCUUGAACCAAACAAGACAUCACGGGAAAAGUAUCAAAG